AUGAAGGAUGGGACUUUGAUGCCGGUUUUGUUUUGCAAGAUUCACUGUCCAUUCAUCUGCUUCUGCAAACCCUCCGCUGCUCAUCUUUACACUUCAGCUCCACUGAAAUUGGAGGGCUCUCUUCAUGUGGUUCAUUCGGCUUUUGCUGUUGACAAGUCGCCUUCUGUGGUUGAAGAAGGGUCGGUAAAUGGCAAUAAAAAUUCUGAGAUUAUGCUCAAGAGCUGCAUUCGGGAGCCCCAAGGCAAAGAGGCCGGGAAGAAAAGAGUUGAGUGGAAGGACAAUGCAGGGAAACAGCUCGCUGAGAUCAACGAGUUCGAACCCAGGGAUGGCUACAAAUAUGAUGAUCAAGCCACCAUACUAGAUUGUGAAGCCUCAAUUAUUGCCAUAGCGAAACAGGAGAUACUCUCGAUGAAGAGGAUGUCAGCCGCUGUCAUUGUGCCAUUCUCUGAUGUAGCUCUCUAUUGA